CUGGAGAAAAAUCUCAAAUCAGGAAAGAGUGAUAUCUCUAAAGAAAAUGCCUUUGAUCUGUUUCUUGUGUCAACAAGUGUGAGGUACUGCUGUCUCUCUGACACACACUCCAUCCUAGGAAGCACUUAUGCUGUGUGUGUUAUACAGCUUUCUCUGUUUACUCAAACGGAGGAGCCAACAGGACUUCUUCUAUUUAUGGGUACACCUGUCGGAGGUAGUAAACGAAUGUGUCGCACGACUGAUGACUUCAUGGCCCUUGAAGUGGAUGGUGGUUAUGUAAGGCUCACAAUGGAUCUUGGGGCUGGUCCACACACUAUUGAGUGCAAUAAGUUGUAUAUUGCUGAUGGUGUUUGGACUAAGAUCACUAUUGAAAGAACAGGCAAGUUGGUGAAGUUAUAUGUGGAUCGAGAAGAAAUGCAAGGUGAACCAGUGGAGGAAGUAUUACCUGGCAAGUAUUCUGUCUUCAAUCUUGAUCCCAAAGUGUCAAAAAUCUAUGUUGGUGGAAUUCCUGCUGGUACUCAGGUUAACAGGGCCAUCCUUAGCACUUCAUUCUAUGGCAAGAUGGAAGACCUUCGUCUUAAUGAUCAACCUAUCGGAUUGUGGAAUUUCAAAAUGGAUGGAACCAACAACAAUCAGCAACGAGGUGCUUUGGAAAGCAAACUCCUGCACUGCACGCCGUUUAUCACACAUUUCCUUGAAAAGUGCAAUGGGCACAUCAUCCAUUACCUCCUCUUCCUCUGAUAACAGCUCCUCCGCAAUUUGUUGCUGCUCCUUCUGAAGGUCUACAAGUUCUUCUGUGGUGAGUUCAGUUCUUUGCUCCUCCACCAGCUCCUCCACAUCAUCUUCAGUUGGCUCUAGGCCCAAGGUCUUCACCAGGGACACAGUAUCCUCUA